AUGACGCAGAAGUCGGCACUUUUUAAAAAUCUACCCAGUCCUACAAUUGGGAACAUGAUGGAGGUCAUGAAAUUAGAAAUUUUCCCACCCAAUGACAUCAUUAUCAAAAUAGGUUCGGAAAUAGGCGAAGUAUACUUCAUAUCUUCGGGUGCUGUGGCCAUUAUGACCUCAGAUGGCAAGGAGCUGUGUCACUUGGCGGAUGGUGAGGAGUUCGGGACUAAUUGCCUUUUCUUUCAGAAGCGGAAAUAUGCGGUGGUGGGAAUAGAAACUACCGAGGUGUUUAUCAUAGACAAAAAUCAGCUUAUAGAGUUUUUGCAUCUUUAUCCUGAUGUGAUAAAUGGAUUCUAUCGUUCGAUCAAGCAAAAACUUGCCAAAUUGAAAAAUCUGGAAGAAUGUGCUACCACAACAAGUCAGUUUAAUUUCUGA